AUGUGGCAACAUUUAAACUACCUCGGAGGUUUAGGAGGUGGAAAAGAUCGUCUUACACUGGACGAUGGCAUGAACGAAAAGUCGCCUAGUCUGCAAAAACAUAGAAAUCGGGAGUGCCAUGGCUGCGAUCGGAGCUGUGAUCAUUCGACCAUCAGCAUUCCCCUUCAUUGCUCUUCUGACAUCACAAGAGCGACAGACGACACAGUCGAUGGCAUUGCUGAUGUGUCAGUGAACUCUUGCUUGAGACAAGAUGAAAUCCAACCCUUACUUCCUGCCGACAGUGACGACUCUGUUGUUGCCCUGGCAACUUCAGAAUCAGCGCAAAACAAGAAGCGCCGGAAGAAAGGCUUCGUGUCUGAGGAUCCGGAAGUGAAAGCCGGCCUGAAGCUUCCGCCCUGUCGCAUCUGCGCACAACCUGCUUCAGGUUUCCACUAUGGCGUCAACUCGUGUGAGGCGUGCAAAGGAUUCUUCCAGAGAUGUUUAAACAGGCGCAAGCCUUACAAGUGUAAAGGAGGGGAUGGGAAGUGUGUUGUCUCCCGUGGUGCCAGACUGCCCUGUGCACACUGCCGCUACAAGAAAUGCCUUUCCUUGGGCAUGUCCAAGGACGCCGUCAGAAUCGGUCGCUACACACACGAGACCCGAACACAAAACACACUUGAAGUGCGGAUGCUCACGACACAGGAACCACCGCUGUUCAUGGAUGAGGCGGAAGCGGAAGUCCUGAUCGCACAGCUAAUGGAGGCCCGGAAGUGCGAAGGACGGCUAAGCGUGGAAAUGGACGAGCAAUAUCUGAAGAAGACGUGGAUGGAGGUGCAGGACAACUACCGUCUGCACGAGGCAGUCUUUGGCUCCAUGGAAACCCUGGACCCCCGAGAAGCGGAGGAAGUGUACCGGCUGACGGGACUGGACGUGGACAACCGUAAGGCGCAGAUGGAACGCCUGGCAAACCGUAUCGAAAAGAAGGUUCUCAAGAUGAUCCAGUUCGCCAAGGGGAUCCCAGGCUUUCGGGAUCUGGCAUGCCAGGACCAGAUUGCGCUUCUGAAAGGUGGGCGGGUGGAGUUUGCCUUCCUGACCAUGUAUCACGGCUUCAGCACGCAUCACUCCGCCUUUGCAGCUCCGUGUGGCAAGGGAGUGCACAAGCGGCAGUUUGAAAAGCUGUACGGGAAGGAGUACACGGAGUACCAGUUUCGGCUAGCCGAGUCACUCAAGCGGCUGCGCCUACAGAACGACGAGCUGGUGCUGCUGCAGUCCAUCCUGCUGACGUCAGCAGACCGUUGUGUGCUGCACAACCGCCAGCAGGUGGAGACACUGCAGUGGACGCUCAUCCGCUGCCUGUUGCGGCAGCUGCACCAGCAACAUGAGGACCUCGUUAUGGCCAGGUUCGCUCAGAUCGUCGAUCAGAUGACCGCCCUCCGAACACUGACUGAGAUGGCGGUCAAGAUAUUCUCUAGCCCAGCUUUUCUGGACAUUUUGAAAGAAGAAACCAGUGCUCGUGGAGAUGAUACUUCAGUAGCGAUAGUCUCCGGGGUAGCAUCAGUUGAAUGCUGUCCUGCCAUGUCUUUAGGAGUUACCGUACUUUGUUGCAUUAACAUUCUGAUUGUUUACAUCCUGCUUCCUGCAAAAUUCAUUUUUCACGUCCAGGUGAAUCAACUUCAAACUGUAAGCACUCACCAUUAUACAAACCCUUGUUCUAUGCUCUCUGAAUUAUCUGAUGAAAACAGCACGAAUCUUCCAGAACCUCCUUCUCUAAACCUACUUCACGAUGAAGAGUUUUCUGGAGCUUCUGAAACGGAUUUGCUUGGGCAAGCUGCAGAUAAAAUUGACCAGACCUCCUCCUCCUCCUCCUCCUCCUCCUCUUCCUGUGGUCACAUCGCUGAGGAGGAGGAGAUGAGACCAGAAGCCAAGUCGUCAUCACAGCUUCCGCCAUGCCGCAUCUGCGCUCAGCCAGCUUCCGGUUUUCACUAUGGUGUCAACUCAUGUGAGGCAUGCAAAGGGUUUUUUCGUCGCUGCUUAACAAGAAGGCGUCCUUUCUACUGCAAAGGUGGCAAAGGUAACUGUGAUGUCACUCGGACCUCGGGCAGCACGUGUGCUUACUGUAGGUACAAGCGGUGCCAGAGCCUGGGGAUGUCCAAGGACGCGAUCCGCAUCGGCCGCUACACACACGAGACCCGCACACAAAACACUCUGGAAGUGCGCAUGCUCCAACAGGGCGAGUUUCCGCUUUGUCUGCCAGACGAGGAAGUGGACGCGGUCGUCGAGCGGCUCGUCACCGUGCACGACAACCUCAAACGAACGUGCCUGGACCUGGCAGAAGAGGACAAGAUGGCGCUGUGGCGACAGGUCCGGGAACUUGCCAUGCUGCAGCAGGAAACCUUCGGCCCGCUGGAAGCCGUGGACUUCAAAGAAUUCGACGAAAUCUACCGACUGACAGGCCUGGAGAUCGACAACCGCAAGGAGUCCAUGGAGCGAAGCGCUCAAGCAGUGGAGAAAAACAUCCUGGUGAUGAUUGAGUUCGCCAAGAGCAUCCCUGGCUUCACUGACUUGACUGCUUCCGACCAGAUAUCGCUGCUCAGGGCCGGCCGCGCCGACUACACAUUCCUGGGUCGUUACCAAGGUUACAGCCUGGAGCAUCAGGCAUUUGCCUCCCCUGUGAUGCGCGGGCUGCAUCGAAGUCACUUUGACAGACUCUUUGGCAGGGAGCUCGUCGACUUCCAGUUUCACUUGGCGGAGUCCUUCAAGCGCCUGCACCUCCACAAGAAGGAAGUGAUCCUCCUGAAGGCCAUAUCGCUGACCUUCCCAGACCGCUGCGACCUGGUGGAUUACGCAUGCGUGGAGCAGCUCAACUGGAACCUCAUCAGGUGCUUUCUGACGCUGGUGGAGCGGCGUCAAGGCAGUGACGUCAUGCUGACCUUUGCUAAGGUCAUUGACAGGCUGACGGCUCUCAGAGCAAUGUCAGAAAUGAUCAUGAAGGCCUUUGCCAACCCACUGUUCAUGGAAGCACUCAGCAAGAAACCUGUUUUGGUAGAAAUGCUUUUACAAUAGCAGGACUUGAAAGACAUUUCUUUCGUCCACACUCAGUGUCAACCUUAUCUGUCUAUCUGUCUAUCCUUCUGUCAAUCUAUCUUUCGUUAGAUGUUUUCUGUGGGCUAUAAUUAUUAUGAGCGCCAGCCUGAACAAGGGGCGCAAACACAGUUGCAUUCUGUUUAAGCUAAAGCCUCUAAUAUUCUCUGUGGGAGAAGUGUGGAGCUGAAUGUCGUCAGCAGAAAGCUGGAUGAAAGGAUAUUAUGAACAAACAAAGAUACGAGCUUUGUGUUUGAAAUAAACAACAUCAGACCUAUUACUGAUCCAUGAAGUUCUGGGCAGGUCGAAGGUGUGACUACUGAGAGAUGUCUAUCAACUAGUACGGUGGGGAUCCUACCCAGAAGUAAGACUCAAACCACACUAGGGCAAAACUCAACAAACUAUAAACAUUGGAGAGGGCUAAGUAAGACUGAAUGACCGAAGGUCAAAGGCGGCUGAGAAUUAAAUAAAAUGUCAGACACCAAAAAUGAAAGUUUGCUCAUAGUGGACACUCACCUGUACAUUGUUCCUCGGCCUCCUAGCACCCUAGAAAACAGAAAGUAAAUAAGAGAGGAUUGUAGGAGUGUAGGAGUGUAGGAUGAUGUCAUAAUAUUUUCAUGUUAGCUCCUUGCAGCAACACGUGUGUUCUUAUUCUCACUGUGAAGUAUUUUUACAUUUGAUUUCAAGUCAUGGAUGUUGACUUUAUCACGACUUGUGU